CGACAAUUGAGGCAGUGUACAAUCUGUCAUCAAAAGAGGAAGACACUACUCUGGUGUGUUGCGGAUACUUCAACCCAGGAAGGGAACAUCCAGAAGUGACAGUAGAAACCUGUAACUGCUGUGAGUGAAGAGGUGAGCAAAGACUUAGAUGAUAAUCCUCAGUGAGAGCCGAUGGACCCUGAGGUGUCGGUGCUGCUGCACUGUGCAGACUGGAGCGGGCUGCUGGAGUCUCAAGUACAAGUGGAGCUUUCUGACAGGUUUAACAGACAGACAGAUGCAGCUCUGGAGCGUCACAUAGAGGAGGUGUGGAUGGAGCGAGUGUCCAAGGAGCCGUGGCUUUUCAACGGGGCCAAAUUCAGACUCCACUCUUUCUGCUUGGCCUCCCCUCAGUCUCCAUCAUCAUCCUGUCCUCCUGCUAAACAUCCACAAUGCACUCCUUCAUCCAAAGUUCCCUCCUUAGACUGUGUGGACGAUCAGGGAGACAAAUCACGCAGCAGACAAAGACAGGAGGAUUUGUGUCACACUGAUCCUCCACAUGAUGCUGCUCAGAACAGUCUGGACCUCAGAAACAGUUCUUUAAAUCAGACUGAAAAUGUGGAGGGUGUCAUCCAGCAGACAGCCUCCUCCACUUGCAGAACAGCUGGACCUCCUCUGCUCCUCACCCUGAGACUUGGCCUUACGUGCUACAAAGACUACCUGGGAACCAACUGGUCGUCCCAAGUGGCAGAGCUCCGUCAGCGUGGCGAGGCAGAGUUCGGUGAUCCUCUGGUGCUGCUGGCUCAGCCUCUGGGCGUGGGCGCCAUCCUGUGUACAGAUGAUAGACAGGUGGUGUUGAUCCGGAGGAGCCAGAGGGUGGCGGAGGCAGGAGGACUCCUGGACAUCCCUGGAGGACACCCAGAGCCAAAGGUGGUGUGUGAGCAUCUGGGCCAAGCCAAGGAGAUCAGCAUGGAGGUGAUGCAGCAGAAGCCAGAGGCUGUCGUCUCGGAGCUGUUCUCAUCUGUGUGCGCUGAGAUCAGAGACGAGGUGAAUGUUCCUCUGAGCUGCCUCAGAGAGCCUGUCCUGAUGGGCGUCGCUCUGAAUCACACCAGCGCUGGACGACCGAGCGCUGAGUUUUACGUCAGGUGCUCACUGUCGUCCAAUGAAGUCAAAAAAUUGUACUGGAAAGGAGGAGCAGAGGCCCACGAGUCCACAGACAUCGUCUUCCUUGGCAGAACGGAGAUGUUGCAGCUGGACAGGAGCAGCCCUCUGUGGUCGGAGCUGUGUCCUUCAGCCAAAGGAGCCGUGCUGCUUUAUCAGACAGUGAAACCUGAUGGAGAGCAAGACCUCAGCUGAUCGCACCAGAGAACUGAUCCAGAUGAUCAAAUGGAGAAACACAAACUUCUUCAUCAGAGUUCAGGGAUUUAUUCACUCUUUGACUUUAAGCACCCUCUGACCAACACUGUUGUUAAAACUGUGCAAAAUACUGUAUAUUUUUCAACCUUUUAAACUGUACAGUAAAAACUAAUUACAAUGUUUUUUAAUGUUCUGAAUAAAAAUCCUAAAAAGUG